AAAAAGUUUAAAAAUAUAAUUAUUUCAUCUUUAUUUGCAAUUAUAAUAAUAUUUGUAAUUUAUAUAGUUUUGUUUUGCAUUAAUCAACAUGUCAUUUAAUGGUUUGAGUUUCGAGAAGGCCUAGAUAUUUUUUUCAUCUAUAAAAAGUGUGUUCAGAUUAUUACGAACCAAACUUCUUCAGAGAUUCAGUUUCUUUUAAGAAGUUUAUCUCGAAACUCUGCUCAAAAUUUGGCUCGAUAAUCUUAAGAAUGCAUCUUUAAUAUUCUGGAAGUAAUUUGACUAAUUUGAGUUAAGAUUUACAAAUUUUCUUCAUUCAACGGUUACGGGAAGUUUAAUCUUUUGUAUGGGUAAUUGAAACACUAUCGAUUUAGAUAGUUUUAAGAGAUUUGAAAAUACCUGAAAGGCGAUAGAAGAGGGGAAAAAGAAAGUGCAGGAAGGGAAAAGAUAGAAUCUAGCUUUUACCAAAUAUUGCUAAGAACAUUUUCGAGAUAAGCUAUGUGCUAGAGUCAUGUGUUCAUAAAACAGUUAGAAAUAUUACUUAUAAUUUCUUACAUUCAAAGGCAAGAAGUUGGAAAAUUAAAUCGCGGUAUUAAUGAAGAUUUGUGCAUAUAAGAAUUCGUAUAGAAAAAGCAGAUAUGAGGGUAAUACAUUUUUAGUGAAAUCUAAAAAGCAAGGGUAAGAGAGAUAAAUUUUACAUUAAUAGAAUUUUAUUCCUAUAUAUUGUGUAAUUACAAAAAGAAAUAUUUAAUUUCAAUCGGAAUAAAUAAUUAUCUUUCGUUUUUCGUUGAAGGACAUUGACUCUGAGUUGAUUGAAAAAAAUUAAAAAUGUCAAUAUUAACUAAUAAUCGUAUUGUAAUUAUCUACGAUAAAGAAUGUUAUUCGUGUAUCAAUAUAACAGACGUAUCUGUUACGACAUUGGUUGAAUCCUAAUCAUGUAUUUUCCUUAUCACACUGUCAAUAGAAUUCAGUUUCCAUCUGCUCUCAAUUUUCAUUAACGCCUAACCUCUUUUUGUUAAAAUCUAAUUAAUAUACUUGAUAAAAUAUAUAAAAAGUAUCGCAACGCUGGAUUCUCGAGACUCUUUAAAUAAUGAAACAGUGGUUACAGAUAAUUAUUUCUUCUGGAAAGAGGAUCGAAUAAUAAAAAAGGCAUAUAUCAUUUUUUAAUUUAUAAUUGUACAGUAAAAAUGGAUGUUGUAAGAAAAUUGUUACUUAUGUGCAUAUUAUUAGCUGUUAUACCACUCAUACUUAUAACAAUUCCUUUGUACCUACGGCAUGUGUUUUAUGCUGAUGUUGCAUAUGGUGUAGCGGAAUCUGAUAUUAUAGAAAUCAACGAUGGAAUUUCAACAUUAUUUUGUUCGGAACAUAUUUUGAAAAUGAAUGGCACUUUUAAUGCUUUUCAAAUGACUCACCGACCAGAGAUAGCAUCAAAACGAAAACAUAUAAGACUUAAGAAGAGCAUGAGUUUACCAGACGAUACAUUAGAGUACUGGAAAUUUUAUUUGUUAAAAAAUGCAACCGUAACACUUUCUGUGUGUUCAAGAUUCGAAGGAGCUUCUAUAUUAGUGGUGAAAGGAAACAGGACCCUACAUACUUGUAAUCUGCUGAAACAUAAUGUAAACAAGCAAACGCAAGAUAUCUUCUUACCAGGUGCGGACACACAAGUUAAAAUAAUAUAUGAAUCAGAUGCACAAGAAAUUGAUUCCGAAGAAGCAACUACAAUCGAACCUAUUAAAACUGUGCACAAUAUCAAUGAGAUAGAUAAGCCAGCUAUAAGUGUAAGCUCCGAAGAUCCUUUGAAAAGAAUUCUUAAGACAAAUCCAGAUAACAGCGCACAGGCAUAUACUACGGAUGAAAAAUCGAAAACUUUAGAGACGUUGUAUCGUAGUGCAACAUCUUAUAUUCAUAACUAUAUAGAUGGUCAUCGAGAAAAUGUGAGUAAAAUUAGAAAAGAAAGACAUAUUAAACGCCAUAAGAUGAAGGACCAUAAAAAUAAAAGAAUGAAGCAAAGAAAAAAAUGUCACUGCAAAUACGAUAGAAAGACACGUCUACAAAAAUUAAAACAAGCAUUGCAUUCACGUAUAAUCAAUGUAAGGAAGAGACAAGGAACAAAGAAGAAAGAUGAGAUAGAUACCAAGAGAUUUAAAAGAAGCAGAGAACUCAUAAAGCCACCAUCUUUAUUAGAUCAAGGCAUCACGCACGGUGGAAAUGCCAAUAAAAAUUACACGUCUGAUUCUAACGGAAGGUCGUCCGUGUCCAGUUUUGAAGCUGACUUAUUAAAUUGUUUCGAUGGUGUAAUACUGCUGGCGCAUGAAUUUCAACCUUCAGAUCAAUGUACCAAUAUUUCCUAUUUGCUUAAUAGUAAGCACAUGCAGGCAAAUCACCACGUGGAACAAGAUGGUUACUAUUAUUACAUUUUUUACAGCGAUAACGAUAUUGUAUCCAAUGAUAUUCAUGCGAUUUUUGAUAUAUACAAGCCAACUUUUCAAUAUGAAAAUGUGACUAAAUCAUGUAUCAAUCAAACUGAAUGCUCAUUUUUUAUAAACCCGCUGUCAGCGGAUAGGGUAAUUGUCGAAAUACCAACUAAGGAUGGUAUAGAGCAUAACGAGAUGGACGACGUUGACAUGCUAAUUUCUAUCUGUCAGCCACGAAUGGGCGCGUACAUGAUUUUUCCAAUUGCGGCAUUGCUCUUAAUUCUUAGUUGUGCUUUUAUAGAAUAGCUCGACUACUUGGAAAUACCUGCAGACUGCUGAGUACAAAGAAGUGCGAAAUUGUCAUUUUAAUAUAAAUUUACAUGAGUGAAGUUAUGAAUUGAUUAAAAAUUCAAUAUACGACAAGACGAAGGAAAUUAUGCUUUUGAUUAGAUGUAAUAAAUAAUUUACUUAAGAUGAAAGAUAUGUAUCGAUUUAAAAAAUAUAAUUUCAUUACUUAUUUUCUUAAUAUACUUUUCUUAUAAUAGAUUACCUUGUUCAUCAUAAUUGUAAAUGUAUAUGUAGAUAAAAGUAUAAUAUAUACAUGUAUAAUAUAUACAUAGUGCAGAAUAUUAAAUAAUGCAAAAGAUUCUAAGGGGUGACUCUUUGCACAAAUUCAUGACGAAAACUUCAUAUGCCUGAAACGACUUAAUUUCAAAGAUAUACAGGGU